AUGGCGAGAACCAAACAGACUGCGCGGAGAAGCACGGCAGGCAAAGCGCCGCGUGUCCAACUUCCCGAUAAGCAAUCCCGGCCAUUCUGGCAACCACCACCCAAAGGGCCUGAUCUGCCGAUUACUCCGCCAGCUGUCCGGCCUCUAAACCAUCUAGCUGAGUACGGUCACGACAGCGACGAGUGCGCCGAAUGCGUCGAGCUCGACCUCGAGUGGAGCUUCUCGUCUUCGGACGAGCGUGAUUCGGACGAGCGUGACGCAGCCUCGCGCAGGGAGCGAGCAUAUGAAAAAGCUUCACUCGAUCCUACCGACGGGAUUAGUAAUAUACGUACGUGGGAUCGGAUUACCAAAGAUAUCGCGGAUGAGUUCCGCCGCGCCAUGCCAAAGUAUCACAUCCGCAUCAUCGAGGAGAUUGCAGUACGGGACGCGGCCAUCAAAUGGGAUGCGGAACGACGAGCUGCAGCACUGGCCGAAUCCAACCGCGACCCGCCCGCGUCGACCGGCCAUCCGCCAGCCGUCAUCAAAGAGGAGGUCGAGGAUGUAUCUAUCCCGGGUCCCGUCGAAGCGACAUCUGUGAGCGCGAUCACGACCGAUACCAACACGACGAUCAAGAUGGAAGAGGGCGUAGACGGCGAGAGCUCGCGGAAGAGGACGUCGGCGGCGGUACAGGAGACUGAGGGUCAGGAGCCAGAGCGGAAGCGACGAGCGGGCAAGGGAAAGGCCAAGGAGGGGACUCAGGUCGAAGCGGUGAUCAAGGAUGAAGUGGAUAUGUAA